GCCGUGGUCGCUGAAACUGUGUGCAUCCUCGCUAACCCCCGAGGUCGCACGGCAACAACAACUCCAUUACACGGAUGACUCCCGAAUCUCCACGCCACGGGCGAUCGUUAUCCAGCCCCCGGGCAGCGCACAACCAGUUGAUCUCAAACCAACAAACUCCAUCCUUCCUAUCAACACUCUCUGCGACGGUCCAGAGAUUGGCUCCUUGCUGACCAAUGAGGAAGGCUGGACAGCAGGGCAGCCCUCCUGACUGAGGAUAUAAACCAGGUCUGCAGGUGAAGGCUAUCAUCGACAGAAUCACACAGCAACCAUGAUGUCUCUGGUCUUCAUUCUGCUCAUCGGAGCUGCCUUUGCCACGGAGGAGGACAAGAUUGUCGGAGGGAAGGAGUGCACUCCCCACUCCCAGCCCCAUCAGGUGUCUCUGAACUCUGGCUACCACUUCUGUGGAGGCUCCCUGGUCAACGAGAACUGGGUGGUGUCUGCUGCUCACUGCUACAAGUCCCGCGUGGAGGUUCGUAUGGGAGAGCACCACAUCAGGGUCACCGAGGGAAACGAGCAGUUCAUCAGCUCCUCCCGUGUCAUCCGUCACCCCAACUACAGCUCCUACAACAUCGACAAUGACAUCAUGCUGAUCAAGCUAAGCAAGCCCGCCACCCUCAACCAGUACGUGAAGCCUGUGGCUCUACCCAGCAGCUGUGCCCGCGCUGGCACCAUGUGCACCGUCUCCGGCUGGGGAAGCACCCAGAGCUCCUCUGCUGACGGCAACAAGCUGCAGUGCCUGAACAUCCCCAUCCUGUCCGACAGGGACUGUGAUAACUCUUACCCCGGUCAGAUCACCGAUGCCAUGUUCUGCGCUGGAUACCUGGAGGGAGGCAAGGACUCUUGCCAGGGAGACUCUGGUGGACCCGUCGUGUGCAACGGUGAGCUGCAGGGUGUUGUGUCCUGGGGCUACGGAUGUGCUCAGAAGGACAACCCCGGUGUCUAUGCCAAGGUCUGCCUCUUUAACGAUUGGCUGGAGACAACCAUGGCCAACUAUUAAGUCUGAUUCUGCGAUCACCAUCUUACUCUGCUGCCUUUCUUCCAUCCUUCUAACUCCACUGUUGUUGUUGAGUUUUGAUUAAUUGCAUUCAUUUUUUAUCUGAGUCAAUAAAGU